AUGGCUGAUCACCUUUUACAUUAUAACGACUCGGCUGGGGCUGGGAACAGAUUCGCCCGCAAAGGUGCUUUGCGACAGAAAAAUGUGCAUGAAGUGAAAAACCACAAAUUUACAGCCAGAUUUUUUAAGCAGCCAACGUUCUGCAGCCACUGCACAGACUUCAUAUGGGGUUUUGGCAAACAAGGAUUUCAGUGUCAAGGUAAGAUCACCUGCAUGUGCUUUUCAGUCAAGAUGGCAUGUUUACUCACUUGA